UAUUGGUGAUUGCUAGUACUAUUUAAUAAAUUUAAGUACUAUAAUAGCUGCAGAACUAAAGCUCAUUUUCUUGUUGGUAAAUGCUUCUGUCACUGAUAGUCUUCGGUUGUUAGUUAAAAUCCACAACAAUAAGUAAUUUUAUAAAAUGCCAGAAGAAACUGAGGAAAAAUUCAGAUGUAUUCACUGUGGGACACGGGCCCCCAGCCUUUACAAAGAUUAUGGCUCUUCUGUGAUAAAAUUAACGAAAUGUGAAAGCUGUGGGAAUCCUGUAGACAAAUAUGUGGAGUAUGAUAUUGUGAAUGUCAUGAUAGACCUAGUGAUAAUGUCCAAAGAAGCUCAGAGGCACAUUAUUUAUAAUACAGAAUUUAAGUCAUAUUGGAAGCUGAUAAUAAUCCUGAUGCUGCUGGAGACGUAUGCGACAUGGAGGAACGAGAGCCUCACCACUGUGAUGGUGCACACCAUCUGCGACACCAUCAUACAGAACAUCACCAUAGGGAACACUACGGAAGAGAGGAUUUUUAACAAUGACACUCUUUGGAUGAGUGAGCUCCUAGGGUCCACCCUGACCUACUACAACUGGUCGCUGCCGGCGACGUGGGCCGGCAACUGCUGGGCGUGGCUCCCGCAGGGCGGCGAUGAGACCGACCUCUUCAUAUGGGAGAAGGACUUUUAUAUACAGUUCUUGUCUGUUGUUUUUGGGACUAUUGCGUUUUGGUGCAAUGGCUACUUAAUCUCCAAAGUUGGUAUAUUCCCUUCACAAAACCAAGCGCCCCUCCUCACGCAAGUGAAGGGCUUCGCGCUGUCCAACAUGAGCCUGGUGCUGGCGCUGCCCACGCUGGUGUGGGGCGCGGGCGCGGCGGCCGCGCUGCCCCUCGCGCUGCAAGCCGCCUACCGCCUAGUGGUGUUCUACAGCGUGUUCUCAGUGGUAUUUGAAUGUCACCCUCUGCAGUCCUUGGCGAUGGUGCUCCUGUGCAGCUACGGCAAGUUCCAGACCACGUUCCACGCCACGCCCGUCAUCCGCACCCUCGUGCCAUAGACAACAAAUUAUGCUUCUUGAAAUAUGUCGGAGUAUAUUAUCAUACCAUGAGAUAUAGGUUUAAAGGUGCCAGUUCGAGCUCAGUGUCUCUAACGCGGCGUCUGUCACGGAAUUCUAGGAAAUUCAAGACAAGUAGACGCUCUGCCUCGGCGUCGCAGAUGCUCGCUUCGAAAAGGUAUCUUAAAGUGGGGUAACAUAAGAGUGCGCUCAUGAUCCGGUUGCGCUGUUUGGCUAUCAUCUGAGAGCUUACCAAUCAUUAUUUGUGAUACAUAGACGAGUAGCAUCGGAACAGUCACUCGGUCAGUGCAUACUCUUGUGUAUACGCCUAUUUAACAGCCUACCAAAGGUUCCUAAGAACUGAGUGAAACAACCUUGCAGUAUCACAGAGUAUUUAUGUCUUUUAUUCAGAAAAUAUACACAUUUGCUCUAACAUGUUUUGUAAGAGGUCAAAUUUUACAUUUGUUUGUUUAUAAAUUAAUAAUUUAUUUUUUAAUAUACAAGACUGAAUGAA